CUGGACGAAGAGUCUAAGAAGUGGUCGAGUUACUGCGCCAGAAUGGUCCUCCGAUGGGCUUUUUCUCCGCUCCCGCUUAUGACGGCUAUUUGCGCAUGUCUGUUUGUUCCUAUGUUUUUUUUUUCGACUGAGCGGAGGGUUCAGCUGUCAGUCGAGCUGGCGUUUGUGGCCGUCGUGCUCGCGGUCGGCUUCGCUUUCACGGUCUACCAGGCUCGCAGGGUCCACUCGGGCAAGCUGAACCGCAUACGCGGCUUGGUUCGGUCGCUCGAGCAGGCGAGGGCGUCAGAUGCCUUUGGGGUGGAGGAGCCGGUUCAGAUAACGGAAGCGAGGCUCCGCCGUCUCGUGAGCAAAAUGUUGUACCAGUACCAGCCUCAGUAUUUGUCGGAGAACCCGACGCACAUGUCCUACGUGAGAGGGUUGUACCAUCGUCAGAUGAUCUGUUUUUUGACGCCAGAAUGAUGGCGCUGUUUCGCGCGCAGAAGGAGUCUAACGAUGCGGACGUAGCGUGGAACGUCAGCCGGGAGGGGAUUGACGAUGACGUGCCGAAUCCGCAGCUUUUGGUCGAAAUGCAAAACAGCCAGUCCGCGACCGAGUCGUCGGUGUCGGGGACCGAUUCAUCCGGGUCCGAUUCGGUGACGUCGCACGAGGACCAGGAGGUGUCGUCGUCGAGGUUGAUGAUAGUGCCGUACGAGGCCAAGCUCUGGUUUUUGGGGUGCCGGCUGGUCAAAUUUCGACAGGUGAUGUCUAGUUGGUUGGACAUAGUUCUUUGUCGGCCCGGAGUGGGGCAGUUGGCGCAGCGUUGCGUGUACGAGUUGUUCGGACGCGCCACGGUGCUCGCGUGCGUAGACCGGCGUCCGGUGAGAGCGCCGCACUUGUUCGCGGAGCGGUUGCUCUUGAUUGGGCAUUACGCGAGCAAUGGGACGCACGCGUCGCCCUCGUUGAACAGACACUCGCAGCCGAGGGCCAGGUGCCGCGCGAGGGCUCGGAGGAGAGUGCUCGCUACGCCGCGAGUGGUGCUGCAGCUCAAGCCCAACGAGAGCGGCCGCGCCGAGUUUGUAGACUGGAGGUGGGAGCAGUUUUUGCCGCUUUUGAAGCCGAUCGGGUUGGCGGCCAUGUUGUUCGGGAUCUGUUCGUCGCCGCUGGGGGGCGUUGAGGAUCCGGAGAUGCUGGAGCGGAAGGAGGGCUUGGUGAGCUUGGCGAAGGCGAUUGGGUUUUACGACUCGUCGAUCAACGCGUUCGAGUUGGUGAUGGAGAUACAGGCUCGCUACGCGGAGCAGGGUGGUGGAGGAGACGGGGAGGGCGCGGGAGGGAAGGCGCGGGGAGGGGGGGGCUCGUUGGCGGCGGAGUGGACGGGGGUUGGUCGGGGUGAGAGUCGGGUGGCGGCGAGAGAGGAAGGAGAGGGCUCGAAUUCGGCGAGGAACAACAACGAGGGCGAGUGUUUUUUUGCGACAGAGGAAAAAAAAGUGACGGGUGUGGCGCAAGAGGAAGGAGAGGGCUCGAAUUCGGCGAGGAACAACAACGAGGGCGAGUGUUUUUUUGUGACAGAGGAAAAAAAAAUGACAGGUGGUGGUGCGGUACAACAAGAAGAAGCUACCGCGCAAGCGGGGUUUGGGCGGGCGGAGGGAGAGGAGGCGUCGGUGCCGACGCGCGUGGAGGGCGAGCGCGGGGAGAGCGAAGGGGUUGGCGCGGCGUGUGGGGAGUCGGAGCGGUACAUCAACAUGUUGAUAGUUCGGGAGGUUGGGUCCGACCAGUUGCAGUUGUUCAGCGUGGGCAAUCCGAGUUUGGUCUCUAGGAACUGCACGUCUUACUGGGGUGGGUCGAGCAUCAAGCCGAUGAGCGACGCGGACAGGAAGGUGAUUUCGUCAGCCCUUGCGUCUUGGGUGGGGAAUUUGAACUUGCAGUGCAUUGGGAUAUCGUACAAGCCGAUUUCGGCGGAGCUGGAGGCGACGAUUCGCGGUCUGUCGGUGGGGGGUGAUGGGAGGAGAAGGGAGGCGCCGUCGCGCGGCGCAUGGGCGGCCCCCGCGAGUCAGGGCGUGUUGUGCUAUUGCCUGGACUUGGAGGAGGAGGGGAAGGAUUCCUGGGUGCACGCGAUGCUGCAGAACCAGAACUGGGUGGGGAUGGUUGGCUUUUGUCACAUGCCGCGGCCGCUGGCGCCGGAGUUCAUCGACCAGCUGGACCGGAACCACGUGCGGUUCGUGUACUUCAGCGAGGACAACGAGAAGCACUCGAAGAUUUUUGCGGAGAAAUUGGGGCUGGAGACGGACUGGAACACGUGUUUGUCUCUGCUGGACGUGUCGGAGGAGGGGGGUUCGGGGGGGCCGGCGGCGGCGCAGUCGGAGAGGGGCCAGCCGGACGGGGGGAGGAGCGCGAGGCGGCUGCCGCAGGGCGUGGAGGGGAUUCGGAGGUACAUCGAGGUGGUGGACAACGUGCCGCUGCUGGUGCGCCUGUUCGUGGACUCGACGGAGAAGAGCAAGGCCGGAAUGAUCAAGAUUCAGCGGGAGAACCACGAGGUGGUGAUCAGCGUGGGGUUCCUGGCGGACAGAGGGAACGUGGAGGCGUUUUUGGAGAGCGACAUGUCGAUUGGCGUUUAUUUGGGAAAAGAGGCGAAUGCCGGGAGAGUGGAGGAGAGCGGCGACGAGCGGCUGUCAUGCGCGGCGCGCGACAGAGAGGACGCGUGGAGCGAGCAGCAGAAGGCGAGGACGGCAGGAGUCGGUGGUCCUAGAGCGAAGGCGAAGUCAGCGGGGUACGAAGAUUCGGCCGCGUCAGCCGCGUUCUUUUCGCAGUUCAUUCGGUCUUCGUGUCACCUGGUGUAUGAAAGGGCGAAUUUUUAUUCGGGGAUUUUGGAACUGAUUCAGCUUGGGCGACAGUUGACUCCGCAAAUUCAGGCGCAGCUGUGCUUUAUGGCGUGCGCAUACUCGAGUUUGCUCACGAACCAGUUUUUGUCCGCGGUGCUGUUGGUGCCCUGUUCGCUGAGCAGUCUUCAGGUUUUGCUGCUGGCGAGCGUGGUCGUGCCGAUGACCUCUUGGUCGCUGAUGCUCACGUUCAGACCUGUCAAACUGGUUGACUCGAUUGCGCCGAAAAACACAAAGUACCGUCCGUCGAGAGUGCUGCGGUACACGUUGUACAACGCGGCGCGGUUGUUCCCGUCGGCGGUGGUUUCGUUCAUCGUCUUCGUGCACACGCUUUGGUCCUCGUGGGCCGUCGAGGAAGCGGCGGGGCCGCUGGGAGACACCAAGUUCCGGUACAUUUUCGGAUUUUCGCUGGUUAGCGGCGACUCCUUCGCCUCGGACCGCCUGAACCACUUCGAGACCGAGUCUUACAACCAGGCGCUGAGCUUCGCGCAGAACGUGUGCAUGGUUUCGUGUACGUUGUACAUUAUGACGUCCAACGCGACAUUUCACCACUUUUCGAGCGGGAUGUUCAGGUCCAACCCGUUUCGGAACGUGGCUUGGAUAGCGGCGUGCGUUUUGUGCCUCGUGGUGCAGGCGGUCAUUUUCGUGGCCACGCAGGGGUCCUCGGUGCUGAGCUACAUCAAGGGGCUGGACUACGUCACGCCGCUGAUAGUGUUUGGGUGGAUUCCGAUAGAGCUGCUCAUCAACGAGUGGGUCGAGAAGCUGGAGCACGGCCACCACCGUCGCGUCCUAGAGAUCGAGAAGUUGGAGUACAACACGAAGCUGGGCAUGCAGUCGCCGGUCUGAGGCGGGCUGGUUGGAUCGAGAGAGAGCGGCGCGUCGACGCGGGUUCGGUUCGCGCAUCCGACGUCGCAUUGCGGACGAGGGCGCACCUGGCGCGUGUGGGGGGGGGCGUUCGAGAGCGCGAAAAAACGUGUAAGGGGGGAGGUUUGUGUAUUCUCCAACUUAAGGCACACGUGUGGCGACUUAGUUUAGAAAAACUCGUUUCGCGGAGCGGGGGAGGCGACAGGCCUGCGCGAGCGCCGAGGAGCGACAGGGGUUUUACUCAAGAGUGCGACGGAGCGAAUUGGCGGUUUGUGGGCGCGCGGUCGAGGCGCGGUCGUUAAGGAAGGCGGUGGCAGCAAUAUUUUUUUUUAGUGUUAAUAAUUUUACGACAAUAUUUGUUCAGCAAAUAUUAUUUACACUUGUACAUCGAGAGAGCAAAAUGCGCAGAACGUUCGCGGGACCUGGGAGUAGUACAAACCAGUACAAGCCGAAGACGGACCCUGGAAAGUAUUUGCCGGCUGCAACAACUACGGACGAGGGUUUCCGCACCAAGGGAAACGUGUCUGGACCGGGGUCCUCACACAAGGACUACGUUUCGACGCGUGAUCCGGGAAAGGAAGCGCCUGGAGCCAGCCCGACCGCUGGAUACCGCGCAACUGGGAGUCGAGCCGGUCCGGGGUCGUCCCACGGCACUUACAAGCCCACUACGGAUCCCGGAAAGCAAGCGCCGACCUCCGCGUCUUACACUGAUGGGUUCCUGAAACCUGGACAAAAUUGAGGUGAAAUGUGGCGAUGAGUGAGAGAGACUAGUGGAUGGGAGAUUCCGUGCAUUGAAGUGUGCAAAAGUGGCGUGGCGCCAGGAGCUGCUUCCGUCAGUCCGAGGCGGCGCCCAAUACUGAGCAAAAUAAUAAACCUGGAGGAGAAUGUGUUUGAGGAAA